UUUUUUUUAAAGCGAAGAGUUGCUGGAGCAGUUAGCUGGUUGGGUGACGAAUUGUCAACGCUGAAGUUCUAGCAGUUACACACAGGCUAUUUUUAAUCUGUAGCCACAGUCAGUUAAAUUCAAGGCUAAAACGCGCGACAUUGUCAAAAAAAAAAAUAUGGGCUGAAACGCGCUACAAACAGAGCAGCAGCUUGUUGACAACUGGGUGGCAGUAAAAGUAGCGAACUCGCUCGGGUUCUGUUUAUCGAGUCCUUCUUGUUUUAUCGAGUCUCGGUUGUUCAGUAAACCCGGGGACUGUGGUGUGCAUAUUAACCACUUAAACUAAAGUUGUGUAAUGUAUAGCAUAUUCGGCUAAUCACACUUAGUUAGCUAGCUAGUUAGCUAGCUAGCAAGCAAGCUAGCAGGUUUAUUUUGGGUUUACUAGCUUCUCAGUGAGAAAGCGUUGCCAAAACAUAGCUAGUUACACAUUUCUUUACAGUUGUAAUUAUUUGUAAAGUAAAUAAAUAGUGUUUAUAUGAGUUAUCGUAAUGCAUGACGCCUAUGAGCCCGUGCCUAUUUUGGAGAAACUGCCCCUCCAAAUCGACUGCCUGGCGGCCUGGGAGGAUUGGCUCCUGGUGGGGACUAAACCAGGUCAUCUCCUUCUCUACAGAAUAAAGAAGGAUGCAGGCACAAACAGAUUUGAGGUACUACUAGAGAAAUCCAACAAGAACUUCUCCAAGAAGAUCCAGCAGCUGUAUGUUGUAUCCCAGUACAAGAUUUUGGUCAGUCUCUUGGAGAAUAAUAUCCAUGUCCAUGACUUGCUCACAUUCCAGCAGAUCACUGUGGUAUCAAAGGCCAAGGGUGCAACACUCUUUGCCUGUGACCUGCAGCAGUCCAGUUCAGGUGAAGCAAAGUUGCGGAUGUGCGUUGCUGUCAAGAAGAAACUUCAGCUGUAUUACUGGAAGGACAGGGAGUUCUAUGAAUUACAGGGAGAUUUCGCAGUUCCUGAUAUUCCAAAGUCCAUGGCUUGGUGUGAAAAUUCCAUAUGUGUGGGUUUCAAGCGUGACUACUAUCUAAUCCGGAUGGAUGGACGUGGCUCAAUUAAAGAGCUGUUCCCAACAGGGAAGCAACUGGAGCCACUGGUUGCCCCACUGGCUGAUGGGAAAGUAGCUGUGGGUCAGGAUGACCUCACUGUUGUCUUGAAUGAGGAAGGAAUCUGUACACAGAAGUGUGCUCUCAACUGGACUGACAUCCCUGUUGCAAUGGAGCACCAGCCUCCUUACAUUAUAGCUGUGCUGCCACGGUAUGUGGAGAUUCGCACCUUUGAACCAAGGCUGUUGGUGCAGAGUGUGGAGUUACAGAGGCCACGUUUCAUCACCUCUGCAGGGCCCAAUAUUGUGUACGUUGCCAGCAACCAUUUUGUCUGGCGACUUGUGCCAGUCUCCAUAGCAAGCCAAAUUCGGCAGCUCCUACAGGACAAACAGUUUGAGCUGGCACUUCAGCUAGCGAAGAUGAAGGAUGACGCAGAUGGUGAUAAGAAGCAGCAGAUUCACCAUAUUCAGAAUCUGUAUGCCUUUAAUCUCUUCUGUCAGAAGCGUUUUGAUGAGUCUAUGCAGGUGUUUGCCAAGUUGGGGACAGAUCCAACUCAUGUGAUUGGGCUGUAUCCAGACCUCCUGCCCUCUGACUACCGUAAACAGCUGCAUUACCCCAAUCCUUUGCCCACACUCACUGGUGUAGAGCUGGAGAAGGCCCACCUGGCUCUGAUCGACUACCUAACGCAGAAGCGCAGUCAUUUGGUGAAGCAGCUGAAUGACUCUGACCCCUCCACCACGUCCCCGCUUAUGGAGGGCACGCCUACAAUCAAAAGCCGCAAAAAGCUCCUUCAGAUCAUAGACACCACCCUGCUCAAAUGCUACCUUCAUACCAAUGUGGCCUUGGUGUCACCCCUUCUGCGUCUAGAAAACAAUCAUUGUCAUGUGGAGGAGAGUGAGUAUGUGCUGAAGAAGGCCCACAAGUACAGUGAGCUCAUCAUCCUCUAUGAGAAGAAGGGCUUGCAUCAGAAGGCCCUGCAGGUCCUGCUGGAUCAGUCUACUAAAGCCAACUCCCCUCUAAAGGGUCAUGAACGGACAGUGCAGUAUCUCCAGAGACUGGGGGCAGAGAAUCUCGGCAUUAUCUUUGAGUUUUCCCCAUGGGUGCUAAAGAUUUGUCCAGAGGACGGUCUCAAGAUUUUUACAGAGGACCUUACGGAGGUAGAAAUGCUGCCCAGAGACAAGGUGCUAUACUUCCUGAAGGAGGGUUUUAAUGAACUGGCUGUGCCAUAUCUGGAGCACAUUAUCCAUGUGUGGGAGGAAACGGGCCCUGACUUCCACAAUGUGCUGAUCCAGCUCUACCUGGAGAGAGUACAAGCGCUGAUGAAAGAGUAUCUCAACUCGCUGCCUGAGGGUGUCCCAGCUGUGGCUGCAGGGAAGGAGGAAGGAGAACUUGGAGAGUUACGGAACAAGCUGUUGUCUUUCCUAAAUAUUUCAAGAUACUAUGAGCCAGAGAUUCUCAUCAGUGACUUCCCAUUUGAUGGUCUCUUGGAGGAGCGAGCCCUGCUUCUGGGCCGCAUGGGAAAACAUGAGCAGGCACUCUUUAUUUAUGUGCACAUACUCAAGGACACGUACAUGGCUGAGGAGUAUUGUCAUAGACAUUACGACAAGUCAGCAGACGGAAAUAAAGAUGUGUAUCUGUCUCUUUUGCACAUGUACUUGUCUCCUCCAGACGCACACUGUCUGGGUCCUAUUAAGAUGGAGCUGUCUGAGCCCCAGGCUAAUCUUCAGGCUGCUUUGCAGGUCCUUGAGCUGCACCACAACAAGCUCAACACUACUAAGGCAAUAAACCUGCUUCCAGCGAACACUCAGAUCACAGAGAUUCGUGUGUUUCUCGAGAGUGUGUUGGAGGAGAAGGCCCAAAGGAAACGCUUCGACCAGGUACUCAAGAGUCUGCUGCAGGCUGAGUUCCUCCGGGUCCAAGAAGAGCGAAUCUUUCAUCAGCAGGUGAAGUGCAUCAUUACUGACGAGAAGACCUGCCGGGUGUGUAAGAAGAAGAUUGGAAAUAGUGCCUUUGCCAGGUAUCCAAAUGGUGUUGUGGUCCACUAUUUUUGCCGUGAGGAUCGCAGUUUGUGUCCCACAGACCAGUGAGAUGUCUCGACUGCAUACACUUACUGUAAUACACACCUCCAACUACUCCUCCUUAAGAUUUUUACAUGAGGCGUUUCAUGCUGCACAACUAAAGGAAAUGCCAGUCUGUCUUAAAAAAAAAAAAUUCCUAAGGAUUUUGGCACAGUAAAUCCACAUGUGGUUAUGGAGAAGUUACGGUACCUUGGACUAAUGGCUUCUUAGCCCUGCACACGAUGAUGGAUGGAAACAUUUUUACAUGAAGACAUAAUUGCUAUUGCACUCUGGCUUUGAAGACAAUUAAGUCAACACCACGUACUGUAGAUUUAUGCUUUUCUUGUGUGAAAUAAUCACAUCGUCUCUCAUCCACUGAUUAUAUAUUUUACUUCUAUUAUUUUUGGAGCAUGUUUCUGUCCAACUUUCUCAUAUGCCUUGUAUGUAAAAAUGAGAAGGAAAACGUUUGUGUCAAAUCGGUCACUGUUGUGUUCUAGCCCAUUUACACGCAGGCCGUUAAGCUGAGUCAGCUUGCAUGUGCCCUCUGCUUCACUGUGUUCACUUGAGGUUGCAGAAGGGAAAUCAGACACUCAUGGAUUUUUAUUUUUUUUUCCCCCCCUCGUUUCUCGCACACGCCAUUUUUGUAGUUUUUGGUCUGAUGUACGCUGUAAUUUAUUCUAAACUUAAGAGUGGAGAUGCAACUUUUUAUGCAAAAUGCGUCAGACCCUUUUUGAGUCUUUAUAAUAACAGGCUUAAUAACGACGGUAUUAGUUCUGUGAUUAUAGCAGCGUGGCACUUUUUUUUUUGGCUUCUACUUGGCUUUAAUUUAUUCUCACUAAUGAGCGAUGCAAGAAAAAGUACUAAUGAUUAAAAGUGAAUCCAUUACACACUGAUGUUGCUGUAAAUGUUAAAGAUAAUCUCAUGUGGAAAGGCGUCUGUUUGGGGGCACCGACGCACUUGCUUGUUAAAAUGUGUGCUUGAAUGUAUUGCAUUUAAUUUGUCACCAUCAUUCAUCUUUCCUCUGUUAUUAUAUGAUCAGCCAUGACCUAGACUGUUGCUAUGGAGAGGAAAAGACGGUUGCUUUUGUUUGUAAGCAGUGUAAUAUAUGAGAGGAAUUCGAGUUUAAAGAAUGUAUGAGUUGUAUUUUACGUAUGACUGAGUGAUAUUAAUGCUAAUAAACAUGUAUCUUGUCAUGUGCA